AUGCGGGGAAAGCGUUCAAAGCAGUAUCGCAAGCUCAUGGAGCAGUUCGCCAUGAGCUUCGGCUUCCGCGAACCGUACCAGGUUCUUGUCGACGCUGAGAUGGUCCUGGAUUCGUGUCGGUUCAAGAUGGACCUUGAGCCCGCGCUGAGCAGGACUGUUCAUGGGACCGUGAAACCCAUGAUUACGCAAUGCGAGAUUCGAAAAUUGUACGCGCGCAAGGACGAACCGGGAGUCGGCGAAGCCAUUGAAGCGGCCAAGUCUUGCGAACGCCGACGCUGCGGUCAUCACCCAGACGAAUAUCCAGAACCGCAAAGCACAAUGGAUUGCUUGCUGUCUGUGGUGGACCCCAAGGACAAGGGGGAGAAUAAGCACCGAUACGUGGUGGCAAGCCAGAGCCAAGAAGUCAGGCGAAUGCUACGUGGUGUCCGAGGAGUACCGUUAAUCUACAUCCGCCGAAGCGUCAUGAUCCUGGAACCCAUGUCCGACGAGAGCGCCCAGACGCGUGCGAGAGAGGAAAGGAGCAAGUUCAGAGCCGAGAUCAAGACGGCCCUCGGAAAGAGGAAACCCGGGGCCUGGGACGACCAUGAGGACACGGCUAGUGACGCCAACGUGGCGGAAAAGCCCAAGAGCAAGAAGAAGCGCGGACCCAGGGGCCCAAAUCCUCUAUCAAUGAAGAAGGCGACGAAGAAGACACAGGGGGAUGCCCCGCUGACAAAGCCGAUGCCGAGUGCGGAGGCGCCUGCAGAUGCGCCUGCAGAUGCGCCGUCCAAGAGAAAACGGCGGAGAAAGAACAAGGCAGCCGUCGAGGCGGCGGAUGGCGGAGGUGAUGGCUCCCAACCAGCGGAUGCGAAUGGCGAUUCGAGUUGA